GCCGUCACCGGCACUCAUAUCGUGCCACCGCGUACAGUGCUCGUGCAUGUUCUCGAGGUCUUGUAUGAUACGAGUACUGGUACGUGUACCUCAAACCAAAAGAGCAGGGUGUAAGGAGCACAAGAAGGAUUAAAAAAGGAUCCUCGAGCUUGUCCCUGUGGCCCGAUGCUCAAGCAAGGGAGGGGAGGGGGCUUGCAAGAUCAAUAAAUCGUACAUGUGAACUCUGUCUCCACGAUACGUGAGUACCGUACCGAUACGGUAGAUCUAAACCAUCUUACUGAGCGUACAGCACUCGAGCACAACUUUGUUCGAGGGCUAAGUUAUCCUGCCGUACCCUAUUCAAUGCAAAAAAGUAACCAGGCACGCUCAGGUUAUUGUGCUCCUCAGCACUCCACCGUAUCUGUACCGGCGCCCGAGUACCGGUACGGUACGGUAGUACGAUACAGUACUCGAGUACUAGGUACACUCCUGCCAUCUUAUACCAACCGCCCGCUUACUCCUCUGCUCUGCGCGCCCCACCCGACUAUUGUCACCCGCCAACAAACAGCCGAGCAGACCUGCCCCGAAAAGCCGCUCGAGUGUAGAAUGCAAAGGGGGAGAAAAAAACGUACCCCCGUUUUAUGGUAUCGUAGGCAACUGGUGUAUCAUAGGAAAGACGACAGAAA